AACAUCUGUAUCGAACUGGAGCUAUACUUGUGAAAAAAGGGAUUUUUUGGGAACGUUUUGAAGAUGUGUAUCCCUUGCUGUUUAUCUCAGAUGGCCUGCUGCUGUGGCUCAGCCGCCUGCUCGCUGUGCUGCGGCUGCUGUCCGAAGAUCAAGCAGUCCACAGGGACACGCUUCAUGUAUGCACUCUACUUCAUGCUGGUCACAGUCACCUGUGUGAUCAUGAUGUCACCCACCGUUGAAGCGCUAAUGCGUGAUCAUAUUCCAUUCUAUUCGGACAUUUGUGAAAAGCUGAAUGCUGGACAGAACUGCGAAGCUCUUGUGGGCUACUCUGCUGUCUACAAAGUCUGUUUUGGCAUGGCAUGCUUCUUCUUCUUCUUUUCCAUGUUUACCAUUCAAGUUAAAAGCAGCACAGGGUGCCGGGCAGCCGUGCACAACGGGUUCUGGUUCUUUAAGUUCUUGGCUUUGCUGGCCUGCUGUGCAGGAGGCUUCUUCUUACCAGGGGAAGAUAAGUUUUUGGAAGUGUGGCGUUAUGUGGGAGCUGCUGGGGGUUUCCUCUUCCUCCUCAUUCAGCUCAUGCUGCUUGUUCAGUUUGCUCACAGAUGGAACCAGAACUGGAGUUCAGGGGUAACCUACAACAAGCUGUGGUAUGCAGCGCUGGCCUUUGUCACACUGGUACUCUUCUCUGUGGCGGUGGGUGCCAUGAUCUUUAUGAUUAUGUUCUACACGCAUGCUGAGGCCUGCUUCCUCAACAAGAUCUUCCUGGGAGUGAACUCUGCCCUGUGCAUUAUUGUCUCACUGCUGGCCAUCUCACCCUGCAUUCAGACCUUCCAACCCACAUCAGGUCUGCUUCAGCCAGCCGUUAUUAGUGUGUACGUCAUGUAUCUCACCUUCUCAGCCCUGGCCAGCAAACCUAUUGAAAUGGUGGAGCAAGACGGAAAGAAUGUUACCGUCUGUGUGUUUCCCUUCAACUCUGGAUCGGAAAGUGACAACAAAAUAGUGACUGGAGUCGGAACGGUCAUUUUGUUCGGAUGUGUGCUGUACUCCUGUUUGACAUCCACCACAAAGAGGAGCUCAACAGCUUUGCGAGAUUACAAUAACCCCAUGCAGGAAAACGAGAGGGCACGCUGUUGCUUCUGCUGCUCGGAUGAUGGAGGUGAUUAUGAAGGCUCUGAACGGACUAUAGGAGGGCAGAAUGUUUUCUAUGAUGAGAAAGAGGGCACAGUCUACUCCUACUCCUUCUUCCACUUUGUCUUCUUCCUCGCCUCUCUCUAUGUCAUGAUGACUGUCACAAACUGGUUCCAUUACGACAAUGCUAAGAUCGAGAGACUGUUGGAGGGCAGCUGGUCAGUGUUCUGGAUUAAGAUGGCAUCAUGCUGGGUUUGUCUAAUUCUCUACAUGUGGACCCUGGUGGCCCCCAUGCUCUGCCCACAGAGGUUUGAAGCAUAAAGGCAAUCCCCACACACACCACUGUUCACUAAAAGCUUGGACAGAUUUUUCUGUUACUGUUUUUUAUGGGUUUUAUAUGUUUUUGGUACUAGUUCUU